AUGGCACCUCCUUCAAGACUUGCCAUUGCGACUAGCGUUGUGAACCGCCUUGUCAAGGAAGAAGCCAGCUACCACAAGGAGCUUGCGCAACAAGAGACACGCAUCCAGAAGCACGAGACGAGUGAGGGCGAUGAGAAUGCCGAGUAUACACUGAGGCAAGAGCGUCAAGCACUGCAAGAAACCAAGAAUGUCCUGUCAGGCAUGAAGACGAAAAUUCAAGCUGCCUUAGAGAAGCUGGAGGAUGAGCUUGAGAAUGGAGAAGCAUCAGAAGCGGAGGUUACUAAGGCAAAGGAGGCCAUUGCAGUAGGAAAAGAUGCAAUUAAAGAGGCCUCAUAA